AUGAAGAAUAACACAAAUAUACCAAAAGACAGCAACACAAAAACAUUUAAUACAUGUUUUGAUAACAUAGAUUUGAAUUUUGCUUGUUUAAAAAGUAGAAAUUUAAAAAAUGGACCAACAUUCUCCUUUUUCUAUGAAUAUGCACAUGAUAGGUCUGUCCUUUCACUUUCGCUGGAUGAAAGUGGAACUUAUAUGGCCACAGCGAGCUCAGAUCAUUCCUUGCGCAUUCACAACCUCAAGAACCUAUCGACCGUUAAAGAACUAUAUCACAAAAAGUGCGGACACUAUGACUGGGUAAGUGAAGUAUUUUUUACUAAAAGGAAUGAAGUUCUUUCAGGGGGAUUAGAUGGGAAAAUAUGUCUGUGGAAUACUACACAAUGCUGUAAAUUUCCUAAAAUUAAUAAAAUUAUGAACUGUUCAGAAUAUUUAGAACAAGAGAAAAAAGUUCGAGAAAUCAAUUUUAAGGCUUCUAAUAACACAAUUAAGUGUAAAGAAAUGUGGGCGCAUCAUUCUACAAUUAGUGAUAUGAAAUUUGAUAAAGAAAAAGAAAAGUGUAUAACUAGUAGUUAUGAUAAAACCUUAAAGCUUUUUGACAUAAAAAAAUUUAGUGAACUAGCUACAUACAAAGGAAAUCAUAUACAUCCAAUAACUAAAUUUUUAUGGUUGCAAAACAAAAUAAUAUCUGCAGAUAAAAGUGGGACAUUGUGUGUGUUUGAUGUAGAAACAUUUCAGGAAGUACUUAGUGCUAAGAAUACACACUGUGGUAAUAUAGGGGCUUUAAAUUAUUUUUAUAUGUAUAAAAGCAAAAAUUCUAAUUUAAUUAAUCAAACUAGUACGCACAAAAAUAAGACAAGCGGUUCUAAUUUCUCGUUAACUAACCCCCCCAUGGACGACAGCAAUUUAGAAAAAAGCAGUAGCAACAACAGCAGUAGCAUUAAAAACAAAUAUGACAACGAUAAUAAUAAAAGGAACAAUAUGAACAAUCGGAACAACCUUAUAACUGCAAAUGUGAACAUCAUAAACUCCGAUAAUUUGUUUGGGCAAGGCCAUAAUUAUUUAAACUUAAACAAUGAAAGAAUACCUUUAAUAAUAACAGGGGGGACAAAUGAUGGUAUCUUAAAAAUAAGAGAUUUUCGAAUUUUCCACAAAUAUAUUAGCUACAAAAAGAUUCAUACAGCUAGCAUUAAUAGUAUUAUAACUUAUAAUAUAAAAAAUAAAACAUACAUUAUUUCUUGCUCCGCUGAUGGAUGUUGUUAUCAAUAUGAAAUUUAUAGUAUCUGUUCUUCAAAUUUAAAUAAUUAUUUGAAAAAAAUUUGUGUCAAUGAACCUAUUUUAUCAGCAAGAUAUAUUGGUAAUCACUUAGUUUUAGUUGGUUCAUCUUUUGGAAAUUUAUUUUUAUUAAAUUUUUCUGACUGUUCAGAAAAUAAUUUAACACAACAGUAUAAUUUAACCAGAAUUAAUGAAAUACAAGAUAAUUUUGAUAACUCAGUUGAAAAAAAAAAUUAUAAUAACAUACAUGAUAAAACGGACAGAGAUAUUUUGUGGGCCUUUGGCGUUUGUAAAAAGGGAGGAGUUAAUUGCAUCGAGUGUACUUUUAUAUAUGACUCAACAGUUAAAAACACUAACGAACUGGAAAUCUAUAAUAUUGUUACAGCGGGUGAUGAUGGUACUCCGUGCUUAUUGUAUAUUCCCAACUCAUUUGUAUGA